AUAUAUUAUAGCUUAACGGUACGUUCUGUCAGUUUGCACACAGCGCGGUCUCGGUUCGGUAUUGUGUUAAAUUAUAUAACGAAAAUAAAAUAAUAAUAAUGGAUAAGAUAAUUUUAGCCAUCCCACUGACUAUCGUUAUAAUUGCCACAGUUUAUUCCGAUAUAAUUGAAGCUCCAAGCCAAUACUGUAAGACAAAAUUUACAAAUGGUACAUGUGUGAAAGUAACCGAUUGCCCCUAUGCGUUGACAUUGAUAUAUAAACAUGAUUAUGAUACACUAUCAAAUCUCACUUGUGGAUUCAAUAAGCACCAACCUCAGGUAUGUUGUCCCCAACAAGACUUUCCUAUAUUGUACGAUACAAAAGAGGAACCGGCUACAAAUAGACCGAAACCAAUGAAUUUAAAACCGGUAGCCACAACAACUUUUAGCCCCCACAUAGAAACGAAGAAUGAUAGCUCUAAUGUGUUACCAAACAAAACAAUUUGUGGCAAAGUAAAAAAUAAGGGCGUCAGUGAUAGAAUCGUUGGUGGAUCUGUUGUUGAAGUUGAUGAACAUCCUUGGUUAGCUCGUAUACAACAUAAAUUCGAUGACAAUACUAUUUUCGGAUGUUCAGCUGCACUUAUCACUAAUUUAUAUCUUCUUACGGCAGCACAUUGCGUGCAAAAUCACAAAAUUAUUCCGUUCAGUGUUCGUUUGGGAGAGUGGAACACCAAGACAGACAUUGACUGUCGCAACAACAUUUGUAAUAACAGUACAGUUGACAUAAACAUUAAUAAAAUAAUUGUCCAUCCAAAAUAUGAUGGAAAAUUAGGUCAUAACAGCGACAUCGCCUUGAUUCGUUUAAGAGAUCCCGUGAAUUUUACAGAUUUCAUACAGCCCAUAUGUUUACCCGCUUCUAAAUACAUUGCCAUGCAAGACUCUGUCAUCAAUAAUGCUUAUUGGACAGCUGGCUGGGGAGAAACGGAAUAUGAAGAGGAAUCUGUUAUAAAACGCCAAGUACAACUGAAUUCUGUACCAAUAGAAAUUUGUCGAGCUCAUUUCAAAGUGGCACCUGAAACUGAGCCAAACAUAAUUUGCGCUGGAGGUAUAAAAGGAAAAGAUACAUGCAAUGGAGAUUCAGGAGGACCAUUAGUAAAAAUAGAAUCAGAAAAUUAUGAAGAAAAUUGGUACAUGUUUGGAAUAACCAGUUCGGGCUCCAAGACAUGUGGCCGGGAAGGUGUACCCGGAAUCUAUACAAGAGUCACCUCUUACAUGGAUUGGAUUCUUGAAAAUGUUAAAGAAUGAACUGUUGUAAUUCUUUAAAAUAUUGGUGACUUUUCAGUAUUCGUUUCCUAUUAGAGAUAUGUAACAAGUGUGAUAGUUUUAACGUUUUUAUGAAAUACCAAAGAUAAUUAUAAAAAGUAUAAGAACAGAAGUGACAUAUAAGAAUGACAAUCGAUAUAAUAUCACUUUACGAUAAUACAGAAAACCUAGUGCUAUCAAUAUUUAAAUUACCCUUAUUAAUCUAAAAUGUUUUCAAUUCAAACUGACAAAUCUCUAGUGAUUACACCAUAACUGUCCUUAUUAAUAAAAUGUAUUAUCGGUUUUAUUUUGAGGCAAUAAAUCGAAUUCUUAAUGA